GGGUCCACAGCCUGUGGACUGAAGUGAAGGGUUCUGAGAGAAAGCUGGACGUUCUGGAGGGACGCUGACAGUACGACGUGAUCCUGAGGGAAGUGAAAUGAGGGAAUCUGGCAGAGCAGAUGCUUUCUCCUGACAUCGUGUGGAAUAAUGACACUUUGGGUGAUUUUACCUGUCACUUUGCCUCUCAGCACCAUCUCAGGAGCGUGGAUUGUAUACACCAUGGCUGUAGAAAACCAGCAUGUCUGCCCUAUAAACAACUGGGUGUAUAACGUGUCCUGUAAGGAGCCUCUGGUGAUGCAGAGUAAACAGUUUCUCUGCUGCACCCUGGACAACGUUCCUCUCAUCAGUAAAUGUGGUGUGUUACCACCAGAGAGUUGCUGGUUCAGUCUGCUCUGCAGUUUUGGAUCGUUUAUGUUGGUGCUGAUUGGUCUGCUCCGCUACGCCCAGGUGAUGGAGCAGCAGAAGCAGGACAGUGUGUUGAACAUGAUGGGGCUCUGCUCAGGCUGGCUUUGUGCUGCAGGACUCAGCAUGGUGGGAGACUUCCAGGUGGACUUUGCUAAGGUGCCUCAUUAUGUGGGAGCGAUGCUAGCUUUCUCAACCAGUCUGCUGUUUGUGUGUGUGCAGACGAUCCUGACGUACCGUCUGGCUAAAACACACACACACUGUAGAACCGCCCACAUCCGACUGACCCUCAGCCUGCUCACCUUCAUCACCCUCGUUCUCUGCGGCGUGUUCUUCUCUCAGGACAGCUUCACCCUGCAGCACUCCGCCGCUGUGUGCGAGUGGCUCUUCGUCAUCACCGUGCUGCUCUUCUACGGCACGUUCGUCAUGGAGUUUCACGUGGUGUCUUCACACACUUUGGUGGUCCUGAUCCAGAGAGGAGAGCGACAAGGAGUUUCUCAAAACAAACAAGAGAGGGCUUAAUCGCUCGGGUUAGGACUCGGGGUGGAUCUGAAGGAGAGCUGAGGGUUGAUGAAGAACAUGUGAAUGCAUGGAUCAGCUGCAGCUCUUCUUGGAAUGGACUUCUUGAAGUAAACCUGGAGAACACAAGUUUUUGGGGUUCACGUAUCUGAUGAGGCAUCUGGAUAUAAGCACUAAAGGAAUCUUAUUCUUUAAAGUAUCAUAUUCUUUACACUAAUAUCUAGUAUGGAUGAUCAGUGUGUAGAGUCAGGGUCUGUCUGAUGUUCUUCCUGCCAAUGACAUAUUGUUCAUCUAAAUAUAUUUCAGCAUUAUGACCUGUAAAAUUGUCCUUUUUUUUACAUUCUAACUGUACCCUGCUUUUUUGUACAGAUGUAGUACGAGGAGCUGCUUUAAUAAACAUAUCAUUACACACGAUGCCUUUAGGUCCCACUCAGAGUAUACAAUCAGAGGCAGUGAUGAUGACUUACUGUAUAAUCAAGUGAUUUCUGUUGGGACAAUGUUUUGUUUCAUAAAUAAAAUGUAUUUAAAUAUAAA